AUGUUUGAGUUAAUAAUAUCAACUCUCGAGGAAUUCCAAAUUGAAAAAAAAAUAUUAUCUAUAACACAUUAUGAUGCAGCAAAUGUAAUAGUAGCUGCCGAUUUGUUAGUUGAUUAUUUCAAAAAUAAUGGUAACGUCAAUGCGAAUAAUAACAGGUGCUUAGCUCACAUCAUUAAUAUAAUCGUUCAAAAUAUUGAUGCCAUCAUUAAUAUAAGUAAGAGAUGUUUACCCAAUAAAGAUCAUUUGAGCCAAGAGGAAGCAAAGAAUGCGUACAUUAUACCAAAUCUAGCUACAGAAGAAAUUGAAGAAUAUCAAGCAGAUCCGGUAGCUCAAACGUCUGUUGAUAUGGUGGAUUGGUGGUCUAGAAACUCGAAACGUUUUCCAAAGCUCUCGACAAUGGCCAAAGAUUACUUAUCCCAACAAUCUACGUCCGUAGCCAGCGAACCUUUUGGCUUCAUUCUCAAUGCAACUAAUCAAACAUCAUAUCUUAUACUAGCUAAUCGAAAAGAUAUCAGAAUUGUAUCCUUAAAAUUUCCCUAUAAAUCAUCUAUACUGAUUGGCGGUUUAGAUGAUAUGGUGGCAUUAGAUUUUCAUUUUGAGGAUCAGUUUAUAUUUUGGACUGAUGUUAGUCAAGGUGUAAUAUAUAAGGCAAAGUUUAAACACUUUUAUUUAUCAUUACAAAAAGAUCACUUUACUUAUACAAAUUAUUCUCAUAUUGCUUAUUUUGAUAAAAAUGAUGAUAUUCGAUCUCCAAAUAUUAAUAGCAUUUUAAAAAACAAUCACAAGAUUUCAACGAUUAGUGGGACAGCUUUAAAUCAAAUUAAUUUAAGUCUUGAUCUAAACAAAAAAAUUAUUGUAAACAAUAAUGUCAAAGUUUUGAACUGGUCAAAAUCUCAAAAAUUUAUAAAUCAUUACAAUAGCAAUACAUUUGAAAUAAGUAAAGUGGUAUAUCUAGGCGUUAAAUCCCCUGAAGGUUUAGCUUGCGAUUGGACAAGAAGAAAACUUUACUGGACGGAUGCAACUAUGAAUCGCAUUGAAGUAUCAGAUUUUGAUGGAAAAAUGCGAAAAAUUUUAUACUGGAAGAACCUUGAGCAACCAUUGGCAUUAACUUUGGAUCCUUACCAAGGCCACCUCUUCUGGGCGAUUUGGGGCGAGACUCCAAGCAUAGAGAGAGGUGGGAUGGAUGGAUCUGAUUUGUCUCGAACCAUCCUAGUUUCUAGUCAAAUGUAUUACCCCAGAGGACUUGCUUUGGAUGGAUUCCCAGCAACUCGCCUUUAUUGGCUGGACAGUAAAUUGAGCUACAUAGCCAGCGUGAAAUUGGAUGGUACUGAUCGCAGAUACUUACUUCAGGGUGGGGCAGAUCUGCCAUACCCCUAUGCUCUAUCGAUUUCGGCCGGCAAGCUGUACUGGACUGAUUGGAAUACACGGAGCAUACAUGCCUGUGAUAAAAUCAGUGGUAGAGAUAGGAUUACCUUGGUCGAUGGUCUCUACUCCCCAACCGAUUUGCAUGUUUUCGAGCGUGCCUCGCAGCCAUAUUGUCCUAACACGUGCGGUCAAGAUAAUGGGAAAUGUUCUCAUCUAUGUCUAAUGUCCCCCUUUGAUCCAUUUUAUUCUUGCGCUUGUCCUACUGGUGUCAAACUCUUGGAAGAUAAUCGCACAUGUUAUAAAGGCUUAGAACGUAUGAUUUUAUUGGCCCGACGCACGGACAUUAGGAUUAUCUCACUGGAUACCUUAGACCACAACGACGUCAUAGUACCCAUCCAAGCUGGUUCUCCCAUAAAAAAUGCCAUCUCUAUCGACUACGACCCCAUAACUCAUAGAGUUUUUUGGUCCGAUACUACUGUCAAAGCUAUUAGAGGAGCGAACUUAGAUGGGACAGACCACGAAAUCUUAACCGAGGAGGAUAUUAUAAGUCCCGAUGGCAUAGCCCUCGAUUGGAUCGGCCGGAAUUUGUAUUGGACGGAUGCUGGAAUGGAUAAAAUACAAGCUUGUAAGCUCGAUUUUUAUAACAUAAGGACUCGCCAAAACCUUGAUAAACAUGCCAGUUUUAGGAUUACUUUGAUAAACAAAGAGCUGGACCAGCCCAGAGGAAUAGCGCUGGAUCCAUUUAAUGGUUACAUGUAUUGGACGGAUUGGGGCAAUAUGCCUAAGCUGGAGAGUGCACACAUGGAUGGAACCAACCGUAAAAUCUUAUUAAGUGGUGGCGAUAUGGGUUGGCCCAAUGGUAUCGUCGUGGAUUACAGAACUGAUUACAUGGCAGGCAAAGGACUGCUAUUCGAUAAGAACCCUAGAAUAUUCUGGAAUGAUGCUAUGAAAGAUAUGAUAGAAAGUAUGCGAGCCGAUGGAACCGAGAGGACCAUGAUUGUUUCUCAACAAAUUCCUCAUAAUUUUGGACUAAGUUUAAUAGGCAAUGAAUUGUAUUGGACCGAUUGGCAAAGGCGUUUGAUAGAAAGUUGUGAUAAAAGAGAUGGCAGUAAAAGAAAAGUCAUUAUUAGGGAACUGGCCGAUUUGAUGGGACUUAAAGCCAUUGACACUCUCAAUGGUUUUACAGGCAACAACCCCUGCUCGAUCAACAACAGUGGUUGCAGCCACUUUUGCUUUCCCGUUCCUGAAAAAACAAUUUUCACCCAUGAACGCUUUACAAAUAAUGACAAUGAUAAUAACACUGCUAACUUUGGUUCCAAUAAUUUUAACUAUCGUCCCACUGCUAAAACCGCUAUGAUCGGGCCCGCUACUCAAGAAUUUAUUUGCGCCUGCCCUGGUGAAUACGAACUUUUACAGGAUGGACUCGAAUGUGCACGUUCUGAUACUUUUUUUUUACUAUUUUCCCGGGAACGCAACGUUUUUCGUGUCACACCUAACGUCUUAACCCCUAAAUUAUUUGCCUUUUCUCCACAUCGACCAUUAUCCACUUUGACGAAUAAAAACUACUCAAGAUUGCAUAACCAAGAAAAAAGUUCAGAAAAAAAGUUGUUUAUAUCGGAAUCUAUGAUUAAACAAGCCAGUGCUUUGGAGAUAGAUGUUCGCUUGGGAAUCAUAUAUUGGACCGAUAUAGAUGCUAAAUCUAUAAGUAAAGCGUACCUCAAUGGUUCCCACUACACUCUCCUCAUAACAAACGGCCUUGAAUUACCCUCCAGUUUGUGUUUGAAUUGGCUCUCUGGACAUAUAUAUUGGUCCGACAUGGGAACCAAUCGCAUCGAAAUGGCUUCUUCUUAUAAUGGUGCAUACAGGAAGGUUAUUGUUUGGAAGAAUUUGAUAAAUCCCAGAAGCUUAGCCAUUGAUCCUGAAAAUGGGCGUAUCUACUGGAGCUCUUGGGGCCCGGAACCCAAAAUCGAAACGUCGUUUUUAGAUGGAAGCCAUAGAGUAGUUUUGAUAAAAGGUUAUUCUACGAGUUUCCACGCUCCCUUUCACGAAUUCAAAUAUCCCAAUAAUAUGUCUAAUCAACAUCCGACCAUUGCCUAUGGUUAUAUGUCAAGUAGAGCUAACGCUUUAACUAUUGAUUACCGGCCCCAAGGUUUCAACACGCUGUAUUGGGUCGACGUCGAUAAUAGAGCUAUAUUAAGCACCACUUUGCCCAAGAUUAUCUUGGAUUAUCCUUUUAAAACUGAUAAUAUGAGAGUUAAAAUAGUUUUCAAUGGGUCCAUCAAUGAUACUUACCCUUUUGGGCUAGCACUCCAUGCGGUCUCCACCAACCGAUUGACCUCAAAUAAUGAGAGUGAGACGGCGUUAUAUUGGUCUGACUGGAAGUCUAGGUCUAUUCAUAGUAUGACUAUGUUUCGUAAUAAUCAAAAUUAUGACAUUAUUCGCAAGAAGGAGCACACUUUUUUCGAGGGACUUGAUUACGUUGUGGAUUUAAAAGUGUUUCACUCCUCCAGACAACUGACUUCUAAAAAGAAUCCCUGUUCUAUUUUGAAACACAAAACGCCUUGUCACCAUAUAUGCAUAAUGUUACCACCGUCUGUUAUAAACUCGGAUUCAUUCGAUUAUAAAUGCACAUGUUCAACCCAUUAUAAAUUGGACCCACGAGACAAUUCGACUUGUUUACCACCCGACACUUUUCUGCUCCUUACCCAUCGAUCCUGGAUAUCUAGGAUAGUUUUGGAACCUAAUGAACCCCUAGAUAUGAUUUUGCCCACCAAUAAUAUUCUCAAUGAUGAAUUCCACAAGAAACUAAAUACCGAAGAGGAAAACAUAAAUUCGAUAGCUUACGAUUUGAGAGAUAGCAAGGUUUUGUGGGUUCAAGCUCGAAGCAUUUGGAGGAAAAAGGACAACUUUUUGGGGGAAACCGAGAUGCUACUUCCAAUAUCAGGAUUCGUAAACGUGUCAUCAAUGGUCCGCCAUAGCGCCACCCAAAUGAACUCAGUCGAUACUCCUAUAUAUUCUCCUAGGGAUAUAGUUAUAAAUUCGGUUACCCGCCAGUUUUUUUGGUCUUGCUUAGUUACCCAUUCUAUCAUGGCGUCUUGGCUUGAUGACGGUUCAUUGAUAGGAGCCAUUUUGUCUGGUCCAGAUAUUUUCCCAAUGGCGUUGACUAUAGAUUCACAAUCAAGCCAUAUAUUCUGGAUAAAUUCCCCGAAUUAUCAUUCUCACUCUCAUCACCCCAUGACUAUCGAGAGGGCAGUUUCCGAUGGCACUCGACGCACAACUAUUGUUAUUGCUGGACGCUCGGCCCAAUUUGAGGCAUUGCAUUAUGACUCAAUCACAGAUAAACUUUAUUGGUCCGACCCGAGACGUCUCCGCCUUGAGUCAAGUGAUUCAUUUGGUGGAAACCGUCAAGUUCUCGUAGGGGACUCUGCUCCGCGUGGAAUCGCCACAACUUUAAACGGUCAAUUAUUUUGUCUCGAACAAAAUCCGCCUCGCAUAGAGCGGAGAACUCAAGAUAACGCACGCGUCAAAAUGUUUAGUGAGUCUUUGUUCGGGGUUACCGCCCUUCAUGAUUCUACGCGAAUCUUGGCUUUAGAUGGGAGCCCUAUUGCACUAGCCCAGCUGAAAUCGGUAAUUCUCAAACAUCCAUGUUCUUACGUAAAUUACAAUGGAAAUUGUUCGGACUUAUGCACCGCUACGCAUGAUUUUAGUCAUUCAACUCUCAUUUCUUCCGCUCAUUGCAGCUGCCCGCUUCGCAAAGUUUUUCGACUCACUAAUGAUACGGCUGCAAGCAAUAUGCCUCGGCGUGUUUGCGAACCAGAACCUGCGUCAUGCCCGCUAGAUGAGUGGCGUUGCCUCGCGGGACGUGUUGAUUGCGUUCCUCGAUCCUGGAUUUGCGAUGGCACCCCUGAUUGCCGUGACGCGUCGGAUGAAGUCAACUGUAUUAACAUACGCAAUGGAAAAUCAUACUCCUUUGCUUUCACAUCUGCCUUUGAUUGUUCCUUGUAUGGUGGCUUGAAGAGUGACCUAUUUAAAUGCUUGAUGCGUGGAAAUCGUGUUGGUGAAGCAAAUUUAUGCGUCAAAGUACGGGCUCGAUGCGAUAACAUAGCUGACUGCCCCGACGCAAGUGAUGAGGCAAAUUGCGGAAACAAGGGUGACUUUUCACUCUUUAUAAGAGAUAGGAAGGGAAGUUCAAAGGAAAGGGCAGAAAAACGACCCACACAUGAUAAUACAUCAUCAUCCAAAAGGCCUCCUUCCUCGGCUCAGAGCGAAAAACGUUACGCCAUUAGCUUUAUAGGCGCCCUGAGCUUGCUUCUUCUUUUCGCCAUGAUUUAUGCUUCACUUAAACACAAAUGCGCUGAUCGGGAUAAUUUAACUUAUCCCCACAUGCCUGAUAUAUUCAAUCACGCUAAGACUACUAGAAAUCAAACCGGCGGGAUUGCUAACAAUACUCUGGAGACCACUUUAGAUCACAUAAACAAUCAAAAUAACAAUAAUAAUCCCGAAAAUCAUUCUUUAUUAGGCAGUUUAAGUCAAAAUUUGAUGAGAAGGGUGUCUCAUUACGAUAGCCAUUAUAGCGCCCCCAAAAUUAUAUCUGGUUAUAACGAUGAUGGCCUGGACAACACCCGACCUAUUGGCAGUGUUAACACUUUUUUUUACGACGAUACAAAACAAAAUGGACACUAUUUAACAUCCUUUUCCGACGAGGAUAAUACUAAUUUUUCUCCCCUGAUUCCUUCCUUGAUCAACGCCGGAGCGCCAUCUAUAAAUGGGACAUUUAUACCCCCACCUCCACCCCCGUCAAUUUUAUCGAUCUCUAUUUCGAAGCCAAAAUCUGAUAAUAGUCUUAUUAACCACUACAAAACGAUUCCUCUCAACUACCAUAGGGACAUUAAGGAUCCUGGCGGAAAAGGCGUUAAUCGCUUCCGAGCUGUCACACAACGUAAGCGGGCUGAACAAAAAUUGAACCGGGAUUUGACCUCAUCUUCGUCCAUUACGAACCAAUCGAAUAACUCCUUGUUUUUCAAAAAAUAUUUUAUGUUCCCUCGACGAAAAUUUAGUUCAAAUCAUAAAAUUGGCCGAGGUUUAAUGCAUUUUUCGGGUAAUAACUGUAGCAAUAACGCGCAAGGUAAAGAUAUCAAAAAUGGAGGUGGUAUGAGGUUAAAAAGCAAAAAACUAUCUAACAAGAAAGCUAUUACACUUAAAGACCACCCCUCCCAAAAUCGUCACUUUCAGUUAGAAGACACUUUGGAUCCGAGACUAUUUUUAAUACACUCCGAGGUGGGCAAACCACAUCAUAAUAGCUUAGAAUGCUUAGUUUCCAUACCCGAUAGCGAUAAUCUGUUGCCGCCCUCCAAAGAAAAAUGUUUGAAUAGAAUCGAAGACAACUGUUUACCGCCAGCGCCGGCUAAUUCUUGUGUCGAUGAAUUCUUGAUUUAUAAUUUUAACCAUCAUCUUGACAACGAUAUACCUCUCUUGCUGCGUGAAGAAAAUAUCGAACUUUCUUUGAACAAUCAUAGUCAUUACAUUUCGAACCAAUAUCCUACCUCUCACACACCUCCAGCUCCUCCUUCUUCUUUCUGUUCCUAUACUCACGGUACCAAAAAAGUUUGAUUAAAUUUAUCCUUUAGUUUAUAGGACAGCAGAUAUAUGCCCUUGGUUGUUCCUUUUUUACAAAUUAAAUUGUUAACUUGAGUUAAAAAUAAUUUGUUUCCCAGAUAUUUAAAAUGAAACUAUAUCAAAAUAGAUUUGAUAUUAUAAUUAUAUUAUUUAUGCAAUACAUUUUUUUUGAUAUUAUUGUAUGAUAUUCACUCAUAUAUGAAAAUAACGUUGCCCACUUUUGACAUCAAACUUAAUAUAAUGAAAACAAGUAUUUUUGAUUUUUUAAAAAUAUAUUUGUAUUUAUUAUCUUGAGAACUUCCAUGAUAACAAUGAAAUUUUAUAGUUAUUUUUUUAAAAUUGCACUUUAAAUUUAGCAUAAAUUAGAACUUGCACUGUUUUGUUGAUAAUAUUUAUAUUGUA